CACAUUCUUAACUCUAUGACUUGAAAAAUAAUUGUAAAGGAAAAAAACAUUUCAAAAUUGAACCAUUUAUCAGUCGCAUCCGAAUCGCUGGAACAAAAACCGUUCGCUUCAUAAACAAAAGAUUUAUAGACAGCUCCAAGCUUUCAUAAUGGACGAAGAACCACUACUUAUUGAUAAAACAGUAAAAAAGAUUGAAUUUUUAUUCCGAUGCACCGGUAUAAAUAUAAAAUCCGGCACAAAGACCAGAAAGGACAUGAUAAAAAGUCGCACCGUUUACAUUAUAAACUUCCUUUGGUUAAACAUUGAUUUGGCCGGGGCUGUUAUGUGGUUUUUCACUGGUAUUGCGAACUCUAAGAGUUUCACAGAACUGACGUACGUCGCUCCAUGCAUUACUCUUAGUUUCCUUGGUAACCUGAAGUCUCUAUUCCUCAUAUUACGUGAGAAACAUGUUGAUAAACUGAUCCAAGUCCUAAGAGAUUUGGAAAUCAAUGAGAAAGCUCGUCCUAAAUCCGAAGAAACAGAUGCUAUAAUAAAAUACGAACAUAAUUUUGUAACUACUGUUAUAUCAGUGUUGAAUGUUUUGUAUUUUGUGUUGUUAGUAGCAUUUGCUUUAAGCCCCGUGUCUCUAGUUGCUUUAAAGUAUUUCACUACAAAUGAGCUUGAGUUGCUUCUGCCAUUUUUGAUCGUUUAUCCCUUCGAUCCUUAUGACAUUAGGUAUUGGCCAUGGGUGUACCUGCGACAGAUUUGGUCAGAAGUCGUGGUCAUCAUAGAUAUCUGUACCGCAGACUACUUAUUCUACACUUUUUGUACGUACAUUCGCAUGCAAUUCCGAUUGCUCAAGCAUUAUAUUGAGCGAGUGAUUCCUGAAGAAGACGCCAGUGGACGUUUAACUAACAUUGAGGACGUUAGAGCCGAGUUUGUUCUAUUGAUCAAGUGGCAUCAGGAUUUAAUAAGUUCAGCAAACAUGUUGGAGACAGUUUACACUAGAUCCACGUUAUUUAACUUCGUGUCUAGUUCUGUCCUCAUCUGUCUCACUGGAUUCAAUGUUAUGGCAAUCUCCGACGUAGCUUUCGUGGCAACGUUCCUAAGUUUUCUCUUUAUGAGUUUACUGCAAAUAUUUUUCUUGUGUUUCUUCGGGGACCUCUUGAUGACUUCGAGCACGGAAAUAAGUGAAGCAGUGUACAACUGUCGUUGGUACUUAGCUGAUACCUCUCUUGGGAAGGAUCUGCUUUUGGUACAAACAAGAGCCCAAACUCCAUGUAAAUUGACGGCAUCAGAUUUUUCCGAAGUGAACCUCAAAGCAUUUAUGAAGAUUUUAAGCACAGCUUGGUCUUAUUUCGCCCUUCUACAAACCCUCUAUGGAGUAUCAAAUAUUAAAACAACCUCACAUAGAGCUUUAUUAUUUCCAAAAUUGCUGUCAUAUAAUUCCUCAGAAAUGAAGAUAAAAAUGUCCAAACCACUAAUAUUCGAUCAAUCGAUCGAAAAACUCGGUGUUCUAUUCCGAUUUUCAGGAAUGAAUAUAAAAAACAAGAUCGUUACGCCACUGGACACAAUCAAAUACAGGUGGCUAUACACCUUGAAUUUCCUCGUAGUUUUUUCAGCAAUUAUCGGCAGUGUGUACUACGUAAUACUUGGCAUAAAACAGGGCAAAAACUUCAUUGAAGUUACCAGUGUUGCUCCUUGCCUAACCUUUUCUAUACUGUCAAUGAUCAAGUCUUUAUAUCACCUUAUGUAUGAAGAACAUAUACAAGAACUAAUAGAUCUAUUAACAGAACUUGAGAUAAGGGAAAAUAACAGAGAAAAAUGUAUUGAAAAAGAAGAAAUAAUUGCCAAUGAAACAGGGUUUUUGAACAAAGUUAUAAAUGUACUGUAUGUGCUAAACUGUUCAAUGAUAGUAGUCUUCGAUAUGACUCCUAUGGUGAUGAUAGCUGUGAAGUUUUACAAAACAAAUGAGUUCGAGAUGCUGUUGCCCUAUUUGGACGUGUUUUCGUUUAUUCCGUACGAGCUCAAAUACUGGCCUUUUGCUUAUAUCCAUCAGAUUUGGUCAGAAUGCGUCGUACUUUUGGACAUGGCUGCAGCUGAUUAUUUGUUUUUCACUUGCUGUACUUAUAUUCGAGUUCAAUUCAAGUUGCUACAGUAUGAUUUUGAAAGAAUGAUUCCUGAUAGAAGUAUUUCUAAAGGAGUGUUUUAUGAAGAGAACGAAUUGCGGAACAAGUUCACUGAGUUAUUGAAAUGGCAUCAAGACAUUAUUUACUCAUCAACUAUUCUUGAAAUAAUCUACUCAAAGUCAACGCUAUUCAACUUUUUAUCUAGUUCGUUAGUGAUUUGCCUCACUGGAUUCAAUGUUACGAUAGUAGACGACAUAGUUAUAAUUAUAACAUUUCUGACAUUCCUGUCGAUGGCGUUAAUGCAAGUAUUUUUCCUGUGUUUCUUCGCUGAUCUGAUGAUGACUGCGAGUUUGGAAAUAACCAAUUCAGUGUACAAUUGCAAGUGGUAUUCCGCCAACAUCAAAGUUGGUAAACAAAUUCUCUUCGUGCAGACUAGGGCUCAGGAGCCGUGCAAACUGACAGCCGCUGGAUUUGCUGAUGUCAACUUGAAUGCCUUUAUGAGGGUUUUAAGCUCAGCAUGGUCAUAUUUCGCCUUGCUGCAGACAGUGUACGGCGCUAAAUAG